AUGGCUCCAACUACCCGUCGCAAUAGCAUCCUAGCAAAGAAAAUCGCAACACUCCAACUCACCCUCGCCCCUCUCGUCCCGCUACCCUCUGGCCCACCUCACCCAGCCUUUCCAAGAACCCUCUUGGCAUUCCACCUCCUGACCGAAGACGAAUUGGACAGCAUAGCGCACCACUACCACCAAUCCACCCCUGGCCCCUGGACCCAACAUUACCCAGCCAAAAUGAAUUGGGACAAAGAGUUCCUCGCCAAGCCCACAUCGAUCGCGGAUUUCAACAGCGUCGCCACGGCUGCCAGACGUCUGAGUCAGCAGGAAACGGACUUCUUGUCCGAUGUCAUGAAGACGGUGGAGGAUCUGCAGAAUCCCGUCUUACCUUCUCAGCCGGAGGAUGAAGGCAAUGGCGAAGGCAGUAGUCGGAGAGUCAACCCGUAUGCAGGUCUAAGUGAGAAGGAUAGGAUUAGGAUCAAGAGAAGGAAAGUGGGCAAGUUCAUUGGGUUGGUGGGUAUGGAGACGCCCGCUGAGGAGAUUGCGGGCAGAAUUCAGGCGAGUCUUGAUAUGGCGGUAGAGCGAAAUCGGGAGGAGUUGAGGAGGAAUGAGGAAAUUAUGUUGAGGCGGAAGAAGUUGGCUUGA